AGUGUUUCGUCGACGUCUCUUCGUUCGCUGUUGAUGAAAAUAGGUGAAUAAAGACUAUUUGGACUUGGAAAGAAAUUGUUGACCUUACCAGCUUCGUUUCCUGACUUCCUUGAUUCAUGAAAGAUGAUGAGUAAGAUUAAGAACGUGCUCUUGGGUGUUGCGAAACGUCGUAUUAUUCCGUCUCACGCGGUUUCUGCGCAGCAACAGCAUCUGCGUGGUGUGAGUGCUGCUGCCGCGUGUGCGGGGCAUCCGCCAGGACGCGCGAUGCAGAGCAACGGGCAUGAGACCUCUGCAAAAGCGUUUGGUAGAGAAAAUCCAGGUGGUGGAAGUGGAACUGAUCAUGUGCCUCCUACAUUCAGCCAUUUCGUGAACGGUUCUUUUCAGCUGAAUCCAAGUGGCACAGUGGAUUCUUCACUUCAUCAACAAGUGGAUUACCGUGAUGUAAUCUCUCCCGUGACGAAUGUCGCAGUUUCCCAGUUCCCAUGCGCGAACGAUGCGGACGUCGCGGCGGCGGUGUCCGUUGCCCAGAGGGCCUUCGAUGACCGAAAGGGUUGGGCUGGCAAUCGCGCUAAGCGCGUACAGGCGUUGCAGAAAAUGGCCGCUGCCUUGCGCGAUCCGGAAACGAUGUCUGAACUGGCGGCUUCGGAAGUCCAGCAGAUCGGACGCCCACUGCGCGAAAUGCGGUUCCAGCUGGGCCGUCUCCACGAAUGGUUUGACUACUACGCUGCGUUGCUGCGUGUGCAUGAAGAUGCGGUGCUGCCCCUUCCAGAAAGCUCAAAUUAAGGCAAACACAACUACGAGGACUAGCUGGAGUAGUCCAUAAUCUAUGUGGCACUUUCCUCCAACGUUUCUGCAUCUUCGAAUUAGUUGCCUACUGUUGCUAACUGGUGCACUUCCUUCCUUAGUCGUUUGCUCGCGUUGAUGGGCUAGAAACUUGCUGCUGCUGUUGUUGGUGUUGUUGGCGUUCUGUGUCUUACAAGAUGGGCCUACUCCUAUCAUCACUUGAUUCAGGGGCCUUUUCAUUUUCCUCUCUCCCAAAUAGAGCCGUCAGGGGUCCAAGCGGGCCACCUCUUCUUCUUGCGCCUCUAUCUGUUCGACAGUGCGAAAUCGAGACUGGGGCUGCGGCCAAUCUUGACUUCGCAGUGUGGAAUCAAGACUCGGGCGGCGGCCAAUGAUCUUGAUUUCACAGCGCGGAAGCAAGACCCGGACUGCGGCCAAUCUUGAUUUCACAGUGCGAAAUCAAGACUCGAGCUGCGGCUAAUCUUGAUUUCGCAGUGCGAAAUCAAGACUCGGGCUGCGGCUAAUCUUGGUUUCGCAGUGCGAAGUCAAGACUUUUCGUAGAUCUUUGCCGACUACGACAAAUCUUGAUUACGCACGGCGUAAUCAAGAUUUGUCGUAGAUGCGAAAAAUCGUUUUCAUCUUACGAAGAUUUGUCGCAUCUACGACAAGUCACGUCUCCACCACAGUGGAAGCAGGUUUUCGGGGGGUCGGCCAAGAUCUACGACAAAUCUUGACUCCGCACUGCGGAAUCAAGAUUUUUCGUAGCCGGCCAAGAUCUGCGACAAAUCUUGACUCCGCAGUGCGGAAUCUUGAUUACGCGCGGCGUAAUCAAGAUUUGUCGCAGAUGCGACAAAUCUUCGUAAGAUGAAAAAGAUUGGUCGGAUCUACGACACAUCCUGUUUCCACCAGGUUUCUGGGGGGUCGGCCAAGAUCUACGACAAAUCUUGACUCCGCACUGCGGAAUCAAGAUUUGUCGCAGCCGGCCAAGAUCUGCGACAAAUCUUGAUUCCGCAGUGCGGAAUCAAGAUUUGUCGUAGAUCUUGGCCGACCCCUCAAAAACCUGUUUCCACUGUGGUGGAAACAGGAUCUGUCGUAGAUGCGACAAAUCUUCGUAGGAUGAAAAAGACUUGUCGCAUCUACGACAAAUCCUGUUUCCACCACAGUGGAAACAGGUUUUUAGGGGGUCGGCAAAGAUCUACGACAAAUCUUGAUUCCGCACUGCGGAAUCAAGAUUUUUCGUAGCCGGCCAAGAUCUGCGACAAAUCCUGACUUCGCAGCCCGAAUCUUGAUUACGCACGGCGUAAUCAAGAUUCGUCGUAGAUGCGAAAACUCUUUUUCAUCUUACGAAGAUUUGCCGCAUCUACGACAAAUCACGUUUCCACCACUGUGGAAACGGGAUUUGUAGCAGUUCUGCCAAACCUACGACAAAUCUUGACUUCACAGUGCGGAAUCAAGAUUCGAGCUGCGGCUAGUCUCGAUUUCGCAGCGCGAAAUCAAGACUCGGGGGGGCUGCGGCUGAUCUGUCGUAGAUUUUGGCCGAUCUUGCAAAAACCUGCGUUACGCGGUGCGACCCACGAGCCGCCUCUGGUGCAGAAAAUAAAAAAUCAGUUCCUGAUGCAUAUUUUUCGCUCUGAUAAAGGUAAGCACCGACAGAAUGGACUUUACGGAUUUCAUUCGUCUCAAAAAUAAUCCUAGAAGGAAAGCUCCAGUCUGUCGCUGCGUAUAUCGUUAGCCGAAUGCUAGCCCUAGCCGACAGCGAACGCAGCUGCUAGUUGAAAUGGAUAGACGCCGACCGGUCGCAUGGCUCGCGUUGUUGUUCCUCUUUUUGCGUUUUCGUUGUUGGGCCAGGCGGUGGCGGAUGCUCUCCCGGACUCAUGUCGUCGAUAGAAUAACACACAGCACCAUAUUAACACUAAGCAACUUUUUCGGACCUGUUAGAUUUGGUUGGCAAAGUGCCACUAAGUAAUAGAAAAAAGAUUAUGUAAGUUGUAGAUCAGCAUCAGGUCGUCGCAUGUCUUCAAGGAGAACGUAGUUCCAGCACUUCUUACAUACAUUUCUCACUUAUCUGUGUCUGUCCCAUUGAAAGUAACUGCCAUUUUUUUUCGAUUUAGUGUCGGAUGUGUAUUACUUAGAACAUAUACGAGAAUAAAGAAGGCUCAUCUAAGGAGGUUUGCUGAACUAUACGCGGCGCGUGCCUCUGGGAGUGGUUGCACAAAUUACGCCUUGGAAUCACCCGCUUUUAAUCACAGUCAAAAAACUCGCUCCAGCACUGGCAGCCGGAAACGCAAUCGUGGUGAAGCCUUCGGAGCUCGCGCCAAACUCUAUUGUUCUGCUUGCAGAAAUCCUCACGAAAGCCUGCAACGCAGAUUUACGUAGCGAUGAAAAAUCGAGUAUAGGCCAAUAAGUCUCUCCUGAUGAUCGUCUAGAAGGAAUUGAGUUUGAGUAGUAUUUAACUUUUCCUAGUUAAUACCAACAUGAGACAAGUAAGUUGUACUUACUAGAAGCAGAGGUAUCGCCCUGUAACUUCUGAUUCGAACAUACGACUUCUAAGAAUUUCCGAGUUGCUUCCACCGGGGAUUCUGAACGUAGUCCUAGGUGAUGGGCGUACUGGGGCUGCACUGGUUGGCGAUUCGCGCAUCGCGAAGGUUGAUUUCACAGGCGGGCCGUCGACUGGCCGGGCCAUUGGUCGCGCCGCAGGAGGUAACCUCGCUGGAUACAUCGCAGAGCUUGGCGGAAAAAGUCCAAUGGUGCUCUUUGAUGACGGACAGCGCGGUGAGCGCAUACAGCAGUUGGUCAAUGGCGUCACUUUCGGAUGCUUCAUUGCCAGUGGCCAAACGUGCAUCGCGGGCACGCGCUUGUUAGUGCAGAAAAGCUUGGUCGAAAAAUCUGACUUCUUGGAUCGUUUGGUCGAGAAAGUAAACGGGCUCAAGGUGGGUGAUCCGCUGGCUUCGGGAACUGGUUUGGGCCCUGUAAUCACGAAAACGCAGCUUGACUUCAUCGAAAGCACAGUACAAGCAGCCGUGAAGUCUGGCGCAAAGGUGCUGUGUGGAGGCGCACGAAAGACUGGUACUUAAUUUAUAUUUUCAAAUUCGAGUGGGGUACUGUACCUACUAGUACAGCUUUCUCUAGCCGCCUCCAUCUAUUGAGCAUGUUGUACUUGCACAUAUGUUGUCUUUGUAAUACUAAGUAAGAGCACCAGCGGGUAAGUUGUGCCAUCCUCACUCUGUUUUUAUCAUAUCUGUUUCUCCGGAACUGAGCCGUCAUGACAUGGUGAAGAUUCUAAUCCAUAGAUACAUCUCAUCGAUGUCAGUCAAGGAGUCAAGUUUUAUCUCGAUAUCAAUUUCUCUUUUGUCAUUCAGACUUUCCAGCUGACUCUCCUUUGCGUGAUGGGAAUUUCUUCGAGCCUAGUGUGCUAUUGUGCGAUUCCCACGAUAACAUUGUUUUUCAUACUGAACUCUUUGGGCCUGUUCUUGCCGUGACCAUGUUUGGAACGGAGGAGGAAGCGGUUGCGCUGGCAAAUGGCACUGAAUUUGGCCUCGGUUGCAGUGUGUGGAGCAGCGAUGUGGCUCAAGCGCACCGCGUGGCAGAGCAGAUUGACAGUGGUAUCGUAUGGAUCAACGAGCACCAUAAAAACGAUCCAAGUGCACCGUGGGGAGGAGUGAAAAAAGCCUCUGGUAUCGGACGAGAAAAUGGGCGCGAUGCUUUCAACGAAUACACGCAAAGCAAAUCUAUUGUGGUCAACUGCGCACCUGGGGGUGCUUACACACAGGACUGGUUCGGUAACCUCAACGCAAGAUACAACUAACCAAAAUUGUGGUACACGAGAAUUCUUUUCGUAUCACCUGAUAGAGAUAGGUACAUUCGUGGUGUAUGACAUCAUGGUAACGCAAAUCGCUGCGGCAGCAUUCGGCACCGCAAUCGACAUGAGAAUUAUAUUUAUUAUAUUUUCAUCCUUUUCCUUGUACAUCUACGUACUAGAAAGCUCGACGUGAUGAGGCAUUUUUUCGAAGAAGAAUCGAAGUACAGAUGCGCUGCAGAAACAUAGAAUGAAAGCAGACUGCCCUCACUCGUUUCAAAUAGUGUUAACGUUUCACCCAUCAAGGAACAGAUUGAUAGUAUGGAUGCAUGGGUAAAUAAAAAUAUCUAAAUUGAUCGACGCACGUCUAUACGACCUAGCUUGCUCGCAAAGCAAGCAAAAGGCUUUUGACUUUCUCAGUGUUUGUUUCUACGCCAGUUUGUACAAUUUUAUCCAGGCUUUUAAGUAGGGGGAAAUUUGAUGAUCCACAAAAAUGUACUUGUACCAGUAGAAAUAUCUUAUUCCGAUGGCGAUGCCCACUUUUUCGAGGAAAAAUAUCUGAAAAUGAUGGUUCACAAAGUAAUGUUGAAUGAUGUUCGAUGCUCUGGUGUGCUGCUUCGACCGACAUAGCAGUUGUAACUAUUCCGAAUCGUACAUUCGCGGUGUUCAUCAAAUAAUGAUUGUAAGCAGA